AUGCCCACAAUUCGCGACUAUUUCCGCUUGGCUAAUGUCGCGCUGGAUGGUGUUGUCUAUCCCACGGACCCGGACGGCUUCACGUUCAGCACUUUUUCGCCCAACACGCAAGCGCGGGUCACCGGCGACCUCCUCCCCGGGGGUAUGCCCCUGGCUCGCGUCCUGCUGAUUCGCACCAGCGAGGUGUACGGGGAGCCUGAGCAUCUAGGCGGCAAGCGAAAGGUGACACAGGUGGAAGAGAAUUUGGGCUUAUGGACUCUGCCUCCUCCCGAGUCGCAGCCCCGCACAUUGACGGAGCUAGCAGCGGUGUUGAGGUCAUUCCUGCAGAUCGAGCACAACAUCACUUGGCUGUUCAAGUACCGCUACCAGAAUGAGCUCGUGCCCAUUGUCAGCGAUUCCGCUCUGGCAGUGGCAUUUGAGUACUUCAGAGCCCAGGCCGCCCAGGGUGCGGAUGACGAGCUGAGCGCCCACCAGCAGUGCCGCCUGUACCUCAACACAACCAGCGAAGAGAUGGCGCCCAGGGACAUCAUCAGGGCGAGAAUCACGGGACCGCUCCAGCUGACGGGUGCAGACAGCGCAGCCGUGGCUCUCCUUGGAAGCCAUCAUCACCAGCAGGCGGCAGCGGCAGCGCUGGCGGCAGCGGGAUUCCCGUACGGCUUGCCGCUACCGCCGGCAUACGACAUGGAAGCCGGCGGGCAUGGCGGCUUUGCGGGCGACGCGGAUGGCGAUGAAUGCGAGGACGCCGACACGCCGGGCGAAGCCGGGACGAUGAGCUCCCUGAUGGGCAUCGCACGACCCAGUGGCAGCGAGGGCAUCAUGGGCCCUGGCGUGCCUGGUCUAGGCCAGGUCAAAAAGGAAAGCAAAACACGGCACGCAGAUGGAAGGUUCAAGAACGAGACGCAGCAUCAGAAGAAGAUGGCUGACAUGAACCGGAAGAUUGCGGAGCUUUUCGAGGGGCAAAUCAUGCAGAUGGUGGAGGUGGUUGACCACAAGAAGAUCAACUGCCUGCUGUGCAACCACGCCUGCACCGCCUACUCGGCCUACCACACCGACUGUGUGCGGAAACACUUCCUGCGCCACCACGAAAACACGCUGCGGGAUCGAGGCGUGGAUGUGGCGCGGUGGCGGAAAGAGUAUGAGGUGUCGCAAAAGGUGAAGCGGCAACAGCAGCAGCAACACGAGCAGUCGGGCGGCUCCGCUGUCUCCUCCGCCCACCUGGUGCACGGAGUGGGUGUGAACGUGGGUGCUGUUCAUCAGCCCCUGCAGACGCUCACGGUGGGCAGCCUGCUGGCCACCGCAGCGGCGGCUGGAGGGCCGCAGCUCACACUGCCGGCGGGCCUGGCGCUCAUAAACGGAAUCAACGGACUCACGGCACUGCAGGUCAAUGGGGCGGCCAUCAAUGGCGGCGGCGGCGGCGCGGACGCCGAGGCGAUGCAACGCAACCUGCAGGCCCAGCUGCUGUCUCUGGCAGGACUCCCCGUAGAGGUGCUGACGCAACAACAGCCCCAACAACAACAACAACAACAACAACAACAACAACAACAACAACAACAACAGCAGCAGCAACAACAACAGCAGCAGCAAAUUGGAAAUGGUGUGGGGGCAUUGAACGCGGCCGCGCAGAUGCCCACGGUAUCGGCACUGCUGAUGCAGGCUCAGGCUGUGUCACACGACGAGAAGAUGCAGAUCCAGGCGGCGGGUGCGCUGUCGGGCCUUAUGAACGCUGCCGCGUCGGCUGGUACCGUCAGCGGAGGCGGAGGGGCUCCAGGUCCUCCGGCGGGUGGCAGCCUGAUUAGCCAGCUGAGUGGGGCGCUUGGCGGUGGCAGCAACCCCCCCAGUGGUGGCGGAAGUACCGGUGUGGUGUCCAUGGCGCCCAUGGCGCGUAUGGCCAGCGGCACGGUCACGACGGAGAUGCCGCUGCCGCCGCCCCCCCUGCCGCAACCGCAACCGCCGGGGCAAGUGACGGGGCAGAUGCCACUCCAGGGCCCAGGUGACGGGCAGCUGCUUCAGGAAGCGGGCCCUGUGGGGUUGAGCCCGGGUGCCAGUGCGGCCAGUCAGGGGCACGCAGGAUUCCACAAAAGGGCCACCGACUCCUUGCACCCGGCCACACCAGCGUCGGAAGGGAGGGGGCAAGCGGCGGCCGGCGCCUCCGCGACCUACGCUGAUGCCGGUGCCCCACGGGCGCCCGCCCGCAAGCGCGCCCGAGCCCUGUCGACCGCUGCCUGCUGCUGGUCCCGGGGCAUGGCCUGGAGUUGUGGGCAGUUUCGAAAGUGGUGGCCCCGCUGGUUGCAGAUUAGGCACGUGAUGUCCUGGGGUUCCUCUUGGGGGCCCAACCCCGGGGGCCAGCGUGGCGGCGAAGGGCCGCUUGGAGCCGGACCGGCUGGCGGACUGAGGCUGUCCUGUAAGCGCCGCGCCCAGGAAUGA